CCUAGACGAGUAGGAACCCUGAUGGAAGAAAUGGAAGGUGGGGAAAGUGCGUUAGCAACUACGGAAGAAGCCGCUCAUCCCGUUAGAUCAGUAUGUAUCGUUUGGUUAUCCUGCUUGGAAUGAUUGGAACGAUCAGACCGACGCCGGAACAGAAAGAAGUGGCGGAGUGGCGACCUUCUCCCGGAGAGAUGGAGUCGGGAGGACCCACCUUUGUCAUAGGUGAAAUCGACGUGCUGAACAUCAUCCGAGCCCUGGAUCAUCGGAUUCCACGUCCGAUCCGACAUCAGGCCGACGAUCUCCCACUCGAGAUCGUCGCGCAGAGCGACGACAACCUGGUCCCGCACGUUCUCGCACGGACCUUGGCGCCAUAUCUUCAGUGGUCGGCGUGCUUGGAGGAACCAGGAAGCGGCCACAACCCACCAUCACAGCGCGAUAAUCUGGACCCUCACAAUAUAGUCGACCUCGCCUUCUUCCAAGGUCGGUCGGCUUUCGAGAACGAGGAAGUAGAGAUUGAUGCGGAAGAAGAAAGCUCGGAAGAAGAAGAAGAGGUCGAAGAAGUGGCCGACGAGGAAGAAACUCCUGAGGAGGGGAGUUACAGUGAGCACAACGAAGGCGAGCAGAGUGAAAAGGAGGAGAAAGAAGAGCAAGAUGACGAAGAAGAAGAAGACCAGGAGGAAUUAGAGGAGUCGGAGUACGAACGAUUCGAAGAGGAGCGAUGGCGGAGGGUGACGUCGGCCGGGUACGAGGGGCCGACAGCCUACCUUCAGUCUAGAUACAGAUCUAAUGACCGUACGUUGUAUUCGGGGGCGGACAGCCUAGCAGCAGCAGCAGCAGCAGCAGGAGGAGGGAGAAGAAGAAGAGGGGGAGUUGGAGGAGGAAGAGGGAAGGGAGGAGGAAGAGGGAAGGGAGGAGAGGAGGCGAUGGAUCCUCUGGUUGCACGGUGGGUCGGUCGCAGAGGUCUACGCCUGGAGCCGGAAUGGGAUCGGGAUCCUCUCAAGGGCCGAUGCAUCGUGGCUAAUCGACGCUUCGAAACUGGGCAGACGGUGAUGAGUCAGCAAGCUUACGUGGCAGUUCUUGAUGACGAGUCGCGAUCGAACAGAUGCCACGUGUGCUUCGCCGCCACGUCAGCCGAGCGUCGUCUUAAGCGCUGCUCUCUGUGCAGGGUUGCCUAUUAUUGCUCCCAGGAGUGCCAACGUACGGAUUGGCUCCUGCACGAAAUGGAAUGCAAGGCCAUCAGACGGCAGGUCGCGUCUUCGAAACCGAGCCCGACUUCGACUCUGAGGAUGAUGAUCCGACUGCUGACGAGGAGAAGGCUGCAGAGCGAAGGGGAGAUGCCAGAGGCUGACGUGGACCGUUUCUCCGCCGUCGAAUCGUUGCGAUCGAACGUGCUCGACACGCCGCGGGAUAAGCUUAUCCUGUAUGGGCAAAUGGCCCAUCUUGUUCUUUCAAUGCUGUCUCCACCGUUAGUAGAUGGAGUGGGGGAGAGCGAGCAGCACUCCAAAGAGGAGGAGGAGGAGGAGGAGGAGGAGGAGAAAGAGAAGACGAAGAUGAUGACCGAAUCACGUGUGCGGGAAAUCAUUGAGCUGUUUUGUCGUUUUGCUUGUAAUGCUCACAGCAUAUGCGACGACGAGAUGAGGCCCUUCGGAUUAGGUCUGUACACAGUCUUAUCCUUGGUGAAUCACAGUUGCGAUCCCAACACAAUCUUGCUAUUCGAUGGGAGGACAGCAAUCCUCAGGGCAGUGAAAGCGAUCGACGUUGGCGACGAGAUCUGUUUCAGCUACGUUGAUCUCGCAGGAAGCACCAAGUCACGCCAGAAACUUCUGGAAGAGCAGUACUACUUCACCUGUAGGUGUUCUCGAUGUGCUCCCUGGAUGGAGGAGGAGGAGGAGGAGGAGGAGGAAAUUAAGAUGGUGCAGUCGAAAGAGGAGAAAGAGGAGAAUAAAAAGAAUACGAAUAAUAAUAAUAAUAAGAAGAAGAGAGAGGAGCAAGAGGUCGUGGACGCCAUAGCUGAGGGGUAUCACUGUGUGAAUUCUGCUUGUAAUGGUGCCUUGCUUGAUGUCGCAGAGAGAGUGGGGAAUGGGGUUGUUGCUUCCUCCUCCUCCUCCUCCUCCUCCUCAUUAUCAUCAUCAUCGUCAUCAUCAUUGUCAUCAUCAUCGUCAUCAUCAUUGUCAUCAUCAUUGUCAUCAUCAUCGUCAUCAUCAUUGUCAUUAUCCUCAUCAUCGGAGCUUCUUCGAUGUGCCACGUGUCAGCGAUCUAGAGUGCGAAACGCGGAGUUGGAGAUGGAGGCCAAGCGAGGGAAGGAUGCAUUUGACAUGGCUAUGAAGUUUCGAUCUGAGAAUGACUGGGAAUCUGCCACGUGUCAGCUGCUCGUAGCAGAGAAAGUUCAAAGAUCUAUCCUUCACGGAUUGUCGGUGCCUUUGAUGAGGACUAGAGAUGAGUUGAUGAAAUGUUAUAUUACCAAUCAAGACUGGGAGAAGGCUGCAAUUUACUGCCGGCUAACUCUUCCAGCCUAUUGCCAGGCAUAUCCUCCUCUCUCUCCCCUUCUCGGGCUUCAGUGGUUCAUGUUGGGGAAGCUGGAAUGGUACCUGGAGCGGACAGCGGCAGCGCGGGAUGCCCUCCGAUCUGCCGCUCGUAUCCUCCGUAUUACUCACUCUCCUCAAAGUGACCUUAUCCGGGGCUUGAAUGAUCUCUUGCGAGACGUGGAAGUAGAAGCGUCGGUCACCUCCUCUCGUGCAAUCUCGUUGAUGUCUGAACCGAUGGAAGAAGAUUGAUCACUGACUCAUUGCUUUGAUCGAUUGGAUGGUUUGAUGAAUUUGUUGAUCGAUCUAUUGAGUGAUUGAUUGAUCGAAUCCUAACCAAUCAAUCAACCUAUAGAUC